AUGGUUGAGCACAUGCAGCAUCCCAAAUCAGCGACAACGGUCUUCUUAAAUCAACCCCCGAGCUGCCUCGAAUUCUGUCCUGAGAUCCCAGACCAUUUCGUGGUGGGCACUUAUCUCCUAUCAGAAACGAAGAAGGACAAUGGAGAGAUCCAACAGAGCAAGACCGGAAGCGUGCAGCUCUGGAGAUUGGACCCAGUCACAAACACAUUAGCCCAAGUUCAAAGCCUUGCACUACCAUACGCCGUCUUCGAUCUUCAUUUCCAUCCUAGAGAUAGGAGCAAGUUCUCUAUUGCUAGCAGUACAGGAGCAGUUGCACUAUUCUGUGUCACCUCUGAAUCCACACAGCCAACUAUCAGUCAUAUCUGGACAAAACAAGUCCACGAGGAUUCGUCCAUCCCAACGCUCUUUCUCGCUUGGACGCCGGAGAACUGGUUCUCUCAGUCCAAAACCGAUGGGUUUGCGGUCACCUUCUCCGAUAGCCGGACAGCAGUCUUUGGCACGGAAGGCGAUCUCACAGAGGUUGACAAGAUCACAGAAUGGGGUUCAUUCGAAGCCAAGCAGAUGAUCGAGGUCUGGUUCGUUGCGCUGGCUGCCAUGCAGGGAGAAACGACCGGAAAGAAAGAUAUCAUUCCUUUCAUGUUCACGGGGAAUGAUUUUGGAUCCUUACAUACACGCCGUUUCGAACAACAUGGGGAGGAAUCGCGGGAUCUGGAAGAGCCACUUGCGCCGGUAUUACUUGAGCAUGAUGAUCGAGCUCGUCAUCACACGGCUGGCGUGACGAGUAUUCUGCCACUUCCUGUUCCGAUGGUAGAUGAUGCUCCGAUUCUGUUGACCGGGAGCUAUGAUGAGGGUUUGCGGGUCUACCAUGCUACUCGACGGGGAGAGGUGCUUGCUGAAGAGGGUCUUGGUGGUGGCGUUUGGCGGCUCCAAUUGCUGAACUCGACGGAAACCGACUCUGCUGGUUUAGAGUCCAUGGAGAGACGCUUCUUGGUGCUGGCGAGCUGCAUGCAUGCUGGAACUCGAAUCGUGCGAGUGACUCAGACGCAGCAGGGUCCGACUUCGGAGUGGGCUAUUGAGGUGCUGGCGGAUUUCACGGAGCAUGAGAGUAUGAACUACGCUAGUGAUGUGUGGAAGGGCUCCAACGCCGACGCGCCAAAUGCGGCGGAGCUGGUUUGCGUUUCAAGCAGCUUCUACGACCGUCGCGUGUGUGUUUGGAAAGUUCAAUUAUAG